CUGCCGGCAGGCAGGCAAUGGCCGCCCAAGAUUCGCUGUUAGAUGAGGUUGCCCUCGAAGGGCUGGAUGGGAUCACCAUCUCCACCCUGUGGUUCCGGCUCGACAACCGCGUCCCCGCCUUCCCGCUGCACCUCGACCCGGCCACCAAGCAGUUCGUGUGGGAGGCGCUGGCCGCCUGCCCAGAGCUCACCUUCUACCAGCUUCCCCAGGAGAGGCCGCCCCUGGUUUACCAUGACAGAUAUGAAGAAAUUGAUCCAGAGACAGGCAUUCAAGAGACGCGGAGGGAUCCUACACCCAGAGAUGAUAUCUAUCCAGUUUGCAUCAUUUCAGACAAUAAAGAUGGAAUUCAGGGUUCCUGUCAACAUUUUUACAAGCGAAAAGAUGUAACUGCAGAGAUAAGGUCUCAACAGUAUAUACCACACUGCACAUUGGAUGAAGCUGUGAACAGAUGGGGUGAGAGCUUAGUCAUCGUUGCCUCUCAAAUAGUUCGUCAUCGAGCCCUCAUUGGGUGGGAAAGUGAUCCAGAAUUAAGCCUGCCUGACUAUUCUUACUGCAUACUGGAGAGGCUGGGCAGAGCAAGAUGGCAAGGAGAGUUGCAAAGAGACCUUCACAGUGGGGCUUUCAAAAUUGAUGCUCGUAAAAUGCAUUAUCACCGAAGAGUACUGGACAGAAACAACCUCAUUACUCUCCAGUCUCAUGUGAUUCGGCAGCCUAAUGGCAACCAGCAGUAUUCCAUUUUGCUUCUUCUCAAACGCUUCCACGUCGAUCGGAGAAGCAAAUAUGAUAUCUUAAUGGAAAAAAUCUCCCAUAUCCUUGUCAACCGGCCCAAUCAGAUGGAAAUCAUGCUGACUCUCAGGGAUGAGCUUGGUCUUUGUGAGAGAACAUUUAAGAAGCUUUAUCAGUAUAUGGUGACUGGUGGAAUAGCCAAGGUGGUUGCUGUUCCCCUGAAAGACCUGAAUCCUGAGGGAGGACCAUGUGUGACAAAAAAAGGAACUCAGAUUAUUGUUCGAUGUCUGAAACUGACAAAGCCAUAUGGGAAAAAAGUAGAUGAUGAAGAUGAUGACGAUGAUGAAGAUAAUAAAACAGUUGAAAGAAUGGAUGUCGUUUAUGAACGAGAUAUGCUUACCCAGGCUUAUGAAUUGAUUGAAAGAAGAGGCACCAAAGGAAUUUCACAGACUGAAAUUCGGUUGGCGUUGAAUGUUGGCAAACUUGAAGGUCGGAUGUUGUGCCGCCUGCUGGAAAGAUACAAAGUUAUUACGGGUUUCAUGGAGGACGAAGGUCGUCAGCGCACAACUAAAUACGUGGCUAAGACAUUUGUGAAGCAAAGUGAACUGAGCAAGCAAUUUGAAAAGGAAAAGGCCAGGAGUGAGCGAUUAGCGACAACUAGUUUCCUGCCCCUUCAUCAUGCAGAACCAGAACCUGAUUCCCAGCAAGCUGUAGCACCAGACUUGCCAGAGAAGGAAGAUGUGCUGCAGGUUUUAACAGAAGACUCGUCAAAGGCAAAUCAUGAGCAAAAGCAACCACUAGUUCCUGUGCAGGGCAAACAGUCUUCUCAUUCGGAGCACAGAGGCAAGAAAUGUACUACCUCUCAGAAAGUAUACAAAGGAAAGAAAUUAAUUAAAAGUGCACUAUUAAGAAAGUUCAAACUGAGAAAAGGUCGCAGGUCAAAAUUGGGCAAAGGUAGGAAAUUAUCUGGUUUACUAAAAACAGCUGCUGGGAUGGCUUCCCAGAAUGUAGCCAAAAAUGUUGAAGAGUCUUCCACAGAAUUGCAGCAAAUGGAUAUUCAGUUGAACUCCUCAGAGGAGAAUCCCAGCUGUACCUCUUGUGCUCAAACAGUAAACAGUCUAAGUGAAGAGGAUGUUGUUAUUGAAGAAGUUAAGGUUGAAAAAACAAAGGAGAAGGAACUUGGAAAGAAAAGGAAAUCAUGUAAGGAGACCCAGUUUAAGAAGCCUCAUGAAACUUUUCGCAUGCUAAAACGACAGAAUAUGAUUCUAGAAGCUGUGCGGAAUUUGAAACUGAUUGAAAGUCUAUUUUCGCUGCAGAAGAUGAUCAUGGAGGAAGAGAAGCAAGACGGUGUUGCUACCAGGUGCUGUAAGAAAUCUAUAGUAAGAAUGGUCCAAAAGUUGUCACAGGAGGGACUGCUCCGACUCUUUCGUACCACAGUUAUACAAGAUGGCAUCAGCAAAAAGGUGGAGUUUGUGGCUCAUCCAUCUGUGCUUCCUAAUGAUCCACUCGUAACUAGUGCAAUUGAACAGGUUCGAUUUAGGAUCUCCAGCUCUUACACCGUGCACAGAAUGAAAAUGUUGCAACUCCAUGCCCAGAAAGAAAAGGAGAAACAAGCAAGAGAAAGUGCUUCAGUGAUUGCAUCAUGUGGCUCUGAGCAAAACAGGAAUGCAGAGACCACCAACAAAUGCACCACAAGUAAAACUGAUGAGAAAAUGGGUGUCACCCCUCUGAAGAAUUACCAUCCUCUUAUAGUUCCUGGGCUCGGGCGUUCACUUGGCUUCCUUCCCAAAAUGCCUCGGCUGCGCCUUGUUCACACGUUCCUUUGGUACAUUGUGUAUGGGCAUCCUCUUCGGAAAAAGUUAGAGGAAGCAGCUGUGUCUGCACCUUUGGUCAGUACAGCAGCGAACUCUGCGCAGGAGUCUGCGACUGCAGCUGCAGAAGCAGAAGGCACAUCCAUAUCAAAGGAGCAUACUGAAACUGCUAAACAUGGAAACAGUCCAGCUACUGGUGGAACGCUCACAGGAGUAUCAACAAUUGAGAUGGGUGAAGAUAGCCAGUGGGAAGGGGAUGUAGAAUAUCUGCAUGUGAAAGACACUGUUUAUGUAGACGAAGCAUCAUGGAAAAGAAACUGCCCUCCUUCCCCGAUUCACAGAGAGUUUGGAUAUGGUUGGGCUCUUAUCAGUGACAUACUGCUCUGUCUUCCCCUGUCUAUCUUUGUCCAGAUAGUACAAGUCAGCCACAAGGUUGAAAAUCUGGAUGAGUAUUUAAAUGAUACUUUACUGAAACACACUUUAGUAAGGGACCUACCCCAGCCCACACGGCAGCAACUUCUCUAUAAGCGGAGAUACAUAUUUUCUAUCUUUGAGAGUUUACAACGUCUUUGUUUUAUGGGAUUGCUGCAAUUUGGUCCAACUGAAAAAUUUCAAGAGAAGGAUCAGAUUUUCGUUUAUAUCAAAAAGAAUGCCAUGAUUGUUGACACUACUAGUUGCGAUCCGCAUUAUAAUUUGGCCAGGAGUAGCCGGCCGUUUGAUAAUCGCUGCUACACUCUCAAUAGUUUGCAAGAUGUGGAGAGCUUCUGGUUUGAUCUUAUGUGUGUAUGCCUGAAUACACCAUUAGGAGUUAUUCGGUUUCCUCGAUUAAACAAGAAUGCUGGUCAGGCGACGCAAGAGGGUGCGGAAAGCACUGCACUUAAUUUGGUGAUGGAACAGGACUCGACUGCUAAGAGUGGCCUGGAACAUAAACGUUCCCUCCUGGACUAUGCUGUAGGUAGCCGGAGAUUGGUGGAUGAUGGAAAAUUACCUGGGGAUGGCCUUGGAGCAGCUGGACUGGAUUCUAGUUUCUUUGGGCAUUUGAAAAGAAACUGGAUCUGGACCAGUUACAUUAUUAACAAUGCGAAAAAAAGUCUCAAUAUCCCUGAGAGCAGCUCAGUGCGAUUACAGAGCUUCCUGAACAAACAUGCCCUUCCCCUUGGUGUUGCAGGAAAUAAAUUCAGUAUGCUAGGUGUCCUUAAGUCUGCACAUGGACCUCUUGCUGAGUGCAAGGAAGAGAUUCGAAUUGAAAUGGAGUGCAAUGUAGGUAGAAAUAAAAGAGUAGCUGGUGGAAAAGGACAGAAAAGGAAACGUCCUGAAAAGGAUACUGUGAAGAAACAGAAGAAAAAGAGAAAGAAAGAAGAAAUGCCACAACAGGAAAAGACGAAGAGAUUUCGCUUCCAAGAUGAUGCUGAUAGGAGUGCACUGCGCCGCAUGACCAAACUACGUGUAACGUGGACUGCACAGGAAGACAGUCUGCUUAUGCUUUGCCGAGUAGCCAGCCAUAUCCUUAACAAAAAAGUGAAGGGACCCUUUGUUCCUUGGCAAACAGUGAGAGAUGUCAUGCAUAGUUAUCUUGAAGUGGCUUUGGAUAAAACAUCUCUUGCUGUAGGGCGUCGAUCCCGCUACAUCCUCAAGAACCCACAGACAAUGCUUAACUAUAGGAUUUGUCUUGCUGAGGUCUAUGAAGAUCAUGCUUUAAUCAAUGAAAUUAUGAAUAAAAAGAACAAUUACCAGGACAGUAAGGUUUGUGCAGAGGAGUUUAUAGAAUUUGUAGGAAAACUGAAGCAGAAAUUCACUUCUGCAAUAGGAUCCGUAAAUAUUGAAAUUCCAGAUACGCUGCAGGAAUUAUUUGCCAGGUUCAAGAUAUUGGUAGUUGGGGAAGAAGGGAAUGAUAACCAGAAGCAGGAUAACAUUAAGAGCAUUGAUGAUAUUCAUUACUUGGUCCUACAGAAUUUCAUUCAGAGCACACUGGCUCUCUCUGAUACGCAGAUGAAAUCAUGCCAGUCUUUUCAGACUUUUCAUCUAUACAAACAAUACAAGGAUGAAGUACUGGUCAAAGUGUUUCUCGAGUUCCAACAGCGAAGCUUGGUAAAUCGUCGCAGGGUCAGUAAAGCUUUGGGUCCCAAGAAGAGUCGAGCCUUGCCCUUUGCACCAAUGUCUUACCAGUUAUCCCAGGCAUACUACAGGAACUUCAUGUGGCGAUUUCCCAGCAACAUUUGUGCAGAGUCGUACCAUUUUGUUCAAAAGUUGAGGAAUGGGGGCAAGGCAGAUCUCCCCAACACCUUUUCAUUCCAGGACACAAAGACACCCGUUGAGACAGAAAUGGUCACCUAUCCUUUGGAUGGAAAUGGCGGCUACUGUGUAGCUACAAUAUCCUUGUUUAUCCUUGGUCUGCUCUCUUUCCACGUCUCAAUACCUGAGCAGAUUGUGGUUGUGGACAGCACCCUUGUAGAUAAUGAAGUUAUAAAAAGGUUGGGUAAGGAAAGCAUUGAUGAUGAUGAGGAUGAUGAUCUGGACGAAACUGGGAACAAACCCAAAUUUGAAGUGAAAGCUCCUCAAGCUUCGCAUACAAAUUACCUGCUGAUGAGAGGCUAUUAUGCACCAGGCAUUGUUAGCACACGUAACCUCAACCCCAAUGACAACAUUGUAGUCAACUCGUGUCAAGUGAGGUUAAAAGUCCGCUCAACACCAGUCCCUGGAUGUUUGAGCACCCCUGACAGUUCAGCUGCUUUGUUCCAAACUGCUUCGGGACCAGAUGCUCUUCCUAGCUCAUUCACAAAACUGUUGAGGCCCAGCACUGAUGCAUAUGUUGGAGAGAACAUUCAAAAGCAAUGUGUAGAGGAACUCCAGUACAGUCCUGAGGACCUUAUGGCUGUUCUGGAAAUUGCCAGUGAAGUUGAAGCCUGUUCUUUCUUUGGGAUUGAGACUGUGGAACUUGGCAAGAACUUUGUUCAGUAUGAGGAGGUACAAAAUGGCAGAACCAAGACUUUAAAGCAGUAUCUGCAGGAUUUGAUUGCGUUGGACCAAAUGGUGAAAGUUGGUGGAUCAGCAGCGCGACUGGUUUCCAUAACCCACGCUAAUCCAUGGCUGCUUCAUCCAUUCCACGUACGGAAAAGUAUCAAAACUGGGUCAGAGAGUCCUGUGGAUGUGGGUUCCAAAGGUAGUACAGAGAUAAACCAUCUAGCAUCCAGUGCAAACAUCUUAGCAGAAAGUACAGAGGGCAGUGAAGGACACCAAGACAAUAUAAAACAUAAUCCCAACACGACUAAUGUGGAGACCGAAAUUGAGCAGCACAGACUGGAGUCCACUACUGUACAGAACGAAGCUAUCCUGACUGGAAGUAGAAAAAGGACCGUUGAAGAAGUUGAAAAUGAAAUAAUUGAGCAUGAGCUUCCUAGUAAAAUGCCUCGUCAAGAAGUUGAGUCUUCCAAGUUGAGUUGUCAUUGCUCAGUCAGGGGACAGCCUGUAGACAGCAAUGUGGGUGAGGCAGAAGCCAACUUGCCUCGACCUCACAUAAGGCAGAAACAAAGUAAAUCUCUGGAACAAGCGAGUAGACCAGGAGAAGCAGAUUCGGAACGCAGUCAGGAUGGGGAUCAGAAUAAAGGUGAAAACAGUGAGCUGUUCACCUCUUCGUACAACAUUAAAGAUUCAAACAUCCCUUCUGCAUCUAGGCUACCAGGUGAACCAUGCAUGGAAUCUGUUGGAAACAACCAUCUGAGAUCUUCCCAACACACAUUCGCGGUGAGUGAGCAUCAGAGUGAAGCCAUUCCACCUGUGGACGGACAAGAUCGGCUUCAGGAAACUAAUUCUACAACAGGUCCAGAGGACCAUUUACAACUAGACGAAAAUCUUCAUGUAAGCAAGAAUCAGGACAGAUCCAAGCUUCAGGGUGAAGAAGACGAUACAGUUGAGAAUGUCAGGGUGGAAAACAUGGCACAAACCCAAUCAGAAAGUGAAUAUGAACAGAUUAGUUUUGUCUGCCAUCCCUGGAGGAUUGUUGAUGGAAGUCUGAAUAAACCUGUCUGUAAAGGAAUGAUAGAAGCCAUGCUAUAUCAUAUUAUGACAAAACCUGGGAUCACAGAACAGAAACUGUUAAGUUAUUAUAAUGCUGUACUGCAGCCUGUCAUUGUCCUGGAAAUAUUGCAGGCUCUGGAGACUGUCGGCUGCGUUAGGAAGCGCUACUUAACCAAAACCAAGCCUGUAUCCCUGUUCUCUACUCCCACAAGUGCUACUGAGAUGCAGCAUUGUAAAUUGUCUGAGCGUUUUACUGUUUUUUAUGAACCUACCAUAGACUGUGUUUUAAGACUUGGCAAAAUCUUCCCGCAUGAACCAAACUGGAACAAGUGGAUACAAUAACAUAGCAGCUUAAGGAUUCUUUCCAUUGUACAAAUGAAAGAUAUUUUCCCACUGGCACCGACCAACCACUCCUAAGGACAAUCUCAAGAGUCCAAACUCACCUAACUGUACAGAACAAUUUCUCAAAAAUCUGAAGUCAAACAUAAAGGUCAAUAAUGCUGGAUUACACUUGGGAGUGAAGAAAUAAACCUGUUUUUACUAAAACUUCCACAGAUUAUAAUCUUCAGUUUGUUUUGCACCUCAUGUUUUCUUGAAUUCUAAUGAUUUGGCUUCAGUUCAUUUACAGUUCCUCACAAAUACUUACUUCAUCACUGGGUCACCUACUGCUGUUACAACCCCAUAACAAAAUGGAUAUGGUUUUUUGAAACUUACAGCUAAAUAAUGUCUCUCUUGAAAGAAUCACAGAAGCUGCAACAAAUUAUUUGUAUAAGCACCUUUUGCUAAAAGCCAGGGUACUUCUUGGGAGAGCCAUCAACAAAACUGAAUCCCUAGCUGAUGAGAUCUGUAUAAAACAUAGAAGACAGGAAAAGGAGUAGGCCAUUCGGUCCAUUGAGCGGCUCUGCCAUUCCGUAUAUUGACAGCUGAUCAUUGAGCUCAAUUCCUGAAUCCCACCCUGCUCCCAUAUCCCUUGGUCCCUUUAGACACACAAACAAAAUCUAGAUCAGGCAUGAAAGAGAGAGAUAGCGAGGUAUAUUGUGUCUGAGAGAGAUGACGGUUAAAACAGAAAUUGUUGGAAGUACUCUCAGAUUAAGACCAUAAGACAUAGGAGUGGAAGUAAGGCCAUUCGGCCCAUUGAGUCCACUCCAUUUAAUCAUGGCUGAUGGGCAUUUCAACUCCACUUCCCUGCACUCUCCCCGUAGCCCUUAAUUCCUUGUGAGAUCAAGAAUUUAUCAGUCUCUGCCUUGAAGACAUUUAAUGUCCCGGCCUCCACUGCACUCCAUGGCAAUGAAUUCCACAAGCCCACCGCUGUCUGGCUGAAGAAAUGUCUCCUCAUUUCUGUUUUAAAUUGACCCCCUCUAAUUCUAAGGCUAUGCCCACGGGUCCUAGUCUCCCCGCCUAAAGGAAAUAACUUCCCAGCGUCCACACUUUCUAAGCCAUACGUUAUCGUGUAAGUUUCUAUUAGAUCGCCCCUCAACCUUCUAAACUCAAAUGAAUACGAUCCUCAGCCGUUCAUUGUACGUUAAACCUAGCAUUCCAGGGAUCAUCCGUGUGAAUCUCCACUGGACACGCUCCAGGGCCACUAUGUCCUUCCUGAGGUUUGGAGCCCAAAAUUGGACACCGUAUUCUAAAUGGGGCCUAACUAGAGCUUUAUACAGUCUCAGAAGCACAUCACUGCUUUUAUAUUCCAACCCUCUUGAGAUAAAUGACAACAUUACAUUCGCUUUCUUAAUCACGGACUCUACCUGCAAGUUAACUUUUAGAGAGUCCUGGACCAACACUCUCAGAUCCCUUUGUACUUCUGCUUUAUGAAUUUUCCCACCGCUUAGAAAAUAGUCCAUGCCUGUAUUCUUUUUACCAAAGUGUAAAACCUCGCAUUUGCUCACAUUGAAUUUCAUUAGCCAUUUCCUGGACCACUUUCCUAAACUCUCUAAAUAUUUCUGCAGCUUCCCCACCUCCUCAGUACUACCUGCCUGUCCACCUAUCUUCAUAUCAUCAGCAAACUUCACCAGAAUGCCCCCAGUCUCUUCAUCCAGAUCAUUUAUGUAUAAAGUGAACAGCUGCAGCCCCAACACUGAACCCUGCAGGACACCACUCGUCACCAGUUGCCAUUCCGUAAAAGAGCCUUUUAUCCCAACACUCUGCCUUGUGUCAGACAGUCAAUCCUCAGUCCGAGCCAGUAGCUCACCUCGAACACCAUGGGCCCUCACCUUACUCAGCAGCCUCCCUUGAGGCACCAUAUCAAAGGCCUUUUGGAAGUCUAGAUAGAUAACAUCCACUGGGUUUCCCUGGUCUAACCUACUUGUUACCUCUUCAAAGAAUUCUAACAGGUUUGUCAGGCAUGACCUCUCCUUACUAAAUUCAUGCUGACUUGUUCUAAUCUGACCCUGCAUUUUCAAGAAUUUAGAAAUCUCAUCCUUAACAAUGGAUUCUAGAAUUUUACCAACAACUGAGGUUAGGCUAAUCGGCCUAUAAUUUCCAUCUUUUGCCUUGAUCCUUUCUUAAACAAGGGGGUUACAACAGCAAUUUUCCAAUCAUCUGGGACUUUCCCUGGCUCCAGUUACUUUUGAGAGAUCACAACCAAAGCCUCUGCUAUUUCCUCAGCCAGCUCCCUCAGAACUCUAGGAUGUAGCCCAUUGGGGCCAGGAGAUUUAUCAAUUUUUAGACCCUUUUAGCUUUUGUAGCACUUUGUUUUGUAAUGCCUGCCAUACUCAACUCUGCCCCCUGGCUCUCCCCAUUUGUUGGCAUACUACUCAUGUCUUCCACUGUGAAGACUGACACAAAGUACUUAUUAAGCUCUUUACCUAUUUCCUUACCUCCCAUCACUAGCCUUCCAGCAUCAAUUUGGAGCAGCCCAAUGUCUACUUUUGCCUCUCGUUUGUUUCUUAUGUAUUGAAAGAAGCUUUUACUGUCAUUUCUAAUAUUACUAGCUAGCCUACCUUCAUAUUUGAUCCUCGCCUUCCUUAUUUCUCUUUGUUUUUGUAACCUUCCCAAUCUUCUGAUUUCCCAGUGCUCUUGGCCACUCUAUAGGCUGUCUCUUUUUCUUUGAUAUAUUUCCUGACUUCCUUUGUCAGCCAUGGUUGUCUAAGCCCACCCCGGAUAAUAUUUCUUUUCUUUGGGAUGAACCUCUGUACUGCGUCCUCAAUUACAUGCAGAAACUCAGGCCAUUGUUGCUCUCCUGUCUUCCCCGUUAGGCUCUGCUUCCAGUUGAUUUUCGUCAAUUCCUCUCUCAUGCCCCUGUAAUUACCUUUAUUUAACUGUAACACCAUUACAUCCGAUUUUGCCUUCUCUCUUUCAAACUGCAGACUGAACUCUACCAUAUUAUGAUCGCUGCUUCCUAAAUGUUCCCUUACUUUAAGAUCUUUUGUUUACGGGCGUCUAGUGGAGAGGAAGAGAGUUAGAUAUUUUGGGACAUUAACCUUUCACCUACAGUUGAAUGAAACCUUGGUCAAAGAGUUUAAUUUUAAAGAAUAUCUUAAAAUACAUAGAGGGGGUCAGAGAAAAAAUGCCAGAGCUAGUGCUUGGGUGUUUGAAGGUACAGUUUGUGGUGGAGUGAAGGAAGAUUAACAUGACCAAGUAGUCAGUAUUGGAGGAAGGCCGAGUUCCUUUCUCAGUCCUGUGGAGCUGGAGCAGUUUAAAGAGAUCAGAAGGGCUGAAGCCUUGGUAUAUAACCCUGAAGGGGAAAGCAGUAAAUGUUAUUAAUGUCAUGUACUGAUCUGACUCAAACACCACAAAAUAGAAAACUAAUAUGUUUGUUCCUAAAUAUCUUUGCCCUCUGAAAAGGAUUAAUUAAACUGAAGUGUUAGUGGAUUGGGUGCCACUGUUGGCCACAGUGUUUCAUGUCGGGGAAUCUGUCACUUGAUAGCUACCCUGGGUGACUUGAGUAGGUUUAGCCAACAAUGUGUAUCCAUCUGAGUAUGUGACGUCCAGACGGAGAAAGUUUAAGUUUAUGGACUAAAGAAUUGACUGUGAUGCCUUAUUUGUAGUCUGGAAACACCAUACCCAAUUUUUGUUGUUUAAUAAAUA